AUGUUAUUUGAAUCUAUUAUUUAUGCUAUUAUAUUUUCUUUAUGUUUUGCUGAUUUCGAUGAAACACUUAUCUAUUGUAAAACUGCACCACCUAAAUUAAUUAAUGGAUUAAUAAAACGUGAUCGAGUAUCAUAUUAUAAAGGGCAAGGUUAUUUAGGUAGUAUGGAAUAUAUGUGUUUACCAGGUUUUAAUCUUAAUGGAAAUAAAAUUGUUACAUGUCAUAAUGGAGUAUGGUCAACAAUGACUCAAUGCAUUCCUAAAAGACGAUGUUCACCGAUUAAAUCUUAUCCAUUAAAUACUGUCGUUGGAUUAACUAAUAUUAGUUUUUUUCAAAAUGAUCCUCAACAAAUUGUUGUUGGUUCAACUGUUACAUUACGUUGUAUAGAUAAUUAUGAAUUUGAUCCAACAUCAAAUGGAUCUCUUAUUAUUCAAUGUCAAAAUGAUGGUACUUGGACAACAAUGCCUAGAUGUCGAGAUGCACAAGCAAUGUGUGAUUAUACGAAAUUAUAUUUACCAUCUCGUUCACGUAUUACUCGGAUGAAUUUUAAAUUUUCGGAAAAUAAUCGACAAUUUCAUAUGGUUGGCAGUAAUCUUGAAUAUACGUGUGAAGAAGGAUAUCGAUUAAAUGAUGGUACAACAUCUCUUAUAGUCGAAUGUUUAAGUUCUGGUUUAUGGUCUUCAUUACCAGUUUGUGAAUAUGUUUAUCAAAAUACACAAACUGUUCGAUGUAAUUAUCCUGUUCAUGUUGAAAAUGGUUUUAUUACUGUAUAUAAUGUUACUAUUUGGGAAGAUCAAACAUAUACAGGUACAAUUACUUAUGAAUGUAAUUAUGGUUUUGAAACUGUAUAUGGACGUGAUCAAAUUAUGACUGAAUGUUUAAAUGGUAUAUGGACAAAUGUUACUAGUUGUCAAGAAAUUCCAACAUGUCCAAAACAAGAUUUACUUGAUAUUGAAUCUCAAGUUGAAAAUUCAUAUGUUUAUAAUGUUUCACUUCAAUAUAUUCGUGAUCCAUUAGCAUUUGUUUAUAGUUCAUAUGUUCUUCGUACUUGUUUACCAAAUUUUGAACAUGAUCCAUUAAGUCCACCAUUAAAAAUUCAAUGUCAACGUGAUACUCAUACAUGGACUGGAAUACCAAUAUGUCGAAAAAUUGAAUCAAUGACAACUGAAAUGACAAUAACUGAAAAUAAUGAACCAUCAAUAGAAAUUGAUAAUUUAAUAAUGUUAAAAGAAAAUUCUACCAAUAAUCAAUCUCAGACAACAAUAGAAACAGAAAGCAGUACUAUUGUAUUUGAUACGACUCAUACUAUUGUUUGCUAUUCAAAUGAAAUUCCAUACAUUCCAAAUUCAGUUAUAAUUCAAUUACAAUCAAAUAUAACAUAUGAUGUUGGUACUACUCUAGUAUAUAUAUGUCAACCAGGAUAUGAAUCUUUAUUUAAUCAAUCAAGUUUUACUACUUGCUCCAUGAAUGGAACAUGGUCUAUCGAUACAAUUAAUAUAACAAUGUGUCAAUUGAGUAGUAUCACUACUGAAGAAACUUUUUUCAAUACGUCGACAGUUUCAUCAAACAUAACAGAUGAGAAUAAAAAUAUUACUGUUAAUCUCGAUGAAAACUUACCAAUUAUGAAUUUAUCAAAUGAAACAUUAACGUCAGAAAUUCGUUCAAUAUCGGCUGGUGAUCGAGAAGUACUUCAUAUUAUUUCAUACUGUAAAGAAUUACCUCAAAUUGAACAUGCUCAAUUAUUACGUGAUGAUACAAUAAAACAUAAUUUCAAUAAUGAAAUAACGUAUAGUGGUUCACUUGAAUUUAUUUGUCAAUUCGGUUUUAUAAGUGAAAAUAAUAAAAAUGAACCAUUUCAAGUAACUUGUCGAAAUGGUGUUUUUUAUCCGAAAAUAUUUUGUAUUGAAAAACCUCGUUGUUUACUUCCACCUUCAAUUGAUAUGUCUAGAAAUACAAUUAUUAAUUCUGCAAUAAAUGUAUUUGAUACAUCAACUAAUGAAGCUAUUCCUGGAUCAUUUAUUCUUUUAAAAUGUUUUGAUAAAACUAAUGAUGAAAAUUCAAAUUUUAAUAUAACUUGUCUAGAAAAUGGUCAAUGGUUAUUACCACCAUCAUCUUGCAUUGUUCCAUUUCAACGUCGUUGUCAAAGUGGAAUUACUAUACCAAAUGCUCGAACACGAAUCAAUGCGAAAUUAACUACGGAUGGUUAUUACAAUGAUGGAAGUCGAGCUGCAUAUCAAUGUCUAGAAAAUUUUGUUCAUGAUCCUCAAUCAGGUCCAAUUCAUAUUCAGUGUAAAAAUGGUCGAUGGGGACCACGACCAAGAUGUAUUCCAAAUGGUUGUACUGAACCAAUGUCUGAUACAAUUGAAAAUGGUUGGAAAAGUGCUGAAUCUUUUAUUAUAUAUAAUGAUAUUAAAUAUUAUAAAUUAACAAGAUAUUCUUGUCGUGAAAAAGCAAUUCUAGUUGAUUCAUCAUCUCGUGUUAUUGAUAUUGAAUGUCGAAAUAAUAAAUGGGAAUAUAAAUCUUUACCUGCCUGUCAACUUGAAGAAUAA